UAUGCAACGUGUUGAGCAGCUGAACUCCGUCUUGAACUCUCCGGCUCUCAGAAGAAGACAACUCUCGCUGAAGUUCAUCCACUUGGUUUUUCCCUUUCUUUGUGGAUGCUAGCCUCAAAGGAUUUAGUGUCACAGGAUCCCUCAGGAUUUUAGACCUUUUUUUUAAUUUAUUUGGACGCAACCCUUCUAUUCAUCUUUUGUCUCGUAGUGUUCCCUUGCUGUUUUUAGUUUCUCCCCUCCUGUGGUAUUUCCUGCUUUUAUGUGUUAUUCUGAUACCGUGCUUGCGUCCGGAUGAGUGUGUUCCGCUGGCACCGGCUCUCUGCGCUCUGGAAGAACUGGAUGUUCAACCAGGAGCCAGCAGAAGAGCAGGGCCAGAUCUCAGAAGUUUCAGGGAAUGAAGCAGAGCCAGGGGCAAAGGAAGGGAACAACUACAAGGAUCACAUCUCUUUUCAAGACUUAACGGAUUCUAAAACACAAAACUUGGAUUAUAACAAACAGAAAUCAGAAAUCGAGAACCAGACAUUGGAAUUCAAAAAGCAAAACUCCAUUCUUAAGAACCCAAAGCCUGAUCAAUUCAAAAGAAGGAUCUCUGAGCCGUGCUCUCAGGUCUCAAACUGUGAGGAUCAGUCCUCCAGGUGUCUCCACGCUCAUGAAGGUUGUGGGUGCGAAUCCCGUAGAAGCUACUGUUCUGAGGAGGCUGUUGACUGUGUAUUGCAGGUGGAUAACGGCAGCGAGGGGGACGACGGUUUUCUGCAAAGAGAAGGAUCCCAACGGAGAUCCAGACGGCGCUUUAGGAGGGUAAACCCCAGGGGGGAACGAGAAGUCAUCACAGACGGCCAAGAACCCUCCGGCUACAACACGCUUCCUGCGGACCUCAAUAAGAUGCACCUAACAGACCACGCCCAUCAGCAGGUGAUGCACAUGGCCCCCAGCCAAUCAGGAUGCAGCAUCGCCAGUGACUCGGGGAGUAGCAGCCUAUCAGAUAUUUACCAGGCCACAGAGAGCGAGCUGGGAGAUGUGGACCUGUCUGGACUUCCAGAGGCUGCAGUGGACAGCGAGGAAGAGGAGGAGGAAGAUGAGGACCUAGAGAGAGCGUCAGACACUCUUGUAGGCCGAGACUUGGUCCGAGAGUGUCUGGAAAAAGAGCCAGCAGACCGAAACGAUGACGACAUUGAGCAACUGCUGGAGUUCAUGCAUCAGCUGCCUGCCUUUGCCAACAUGACCAUGUCUGUGCGGAGAGACCUGUGCAGCGUGAUGGUGUUUGAGGUGGUGGAGCAGGCAGGCACGGUCAUCCUGCAAGACAAAAAGGAGCUGGACCUCUGGUAUGUUAUCCUGAACGGGGCAGUGGAGAUCAGCCAUCCAGAGGGGAGAGUGGAGACUCUUUGCAUGGGCAACAGCUUCGGCAUCUCACCCUCACUGGACAAACAGUUCAUGAACGGAGAAGUUCGUACCAAAGGGGACGACUGCCAGUUCGUCUGCGUGGCCCAGGAGGACUACUGGCGCAUCCUCAACCAUGUGGAAAAGAACACGCACAAGGUGGAGGAGGAGGGGGAGAUCGUGAUGGUGAAGGAGCACCGCGAGCUGGACCGCAGCGGGACCAGGAAGGGACACAUUGUCAUCAAGGGAACCCCCGACCGUCUGAUCAUGCACCUGGUGGAGGAGCCGUCGGUGGUGGACCCCACUUACAUCGAGGACUUCCUGCUGACCUACAGGACUUUCAUCUCAAAUCCUAUGGUGGUCGGCAGGAAACUGCUGGAGUGGUUUUAUAUGGACAACCUUCGAGACACAGUGACGAGAAUAGUGCUGCUGUGGGUCAACAACCACUUCAACGACUUUGAGGGCGACCCGGCCAUGACACGCUUCCUGGAGGACUUUGAGAGACAUCUAGAAACUGCAAAAAUGAAGGGCCAUUUGAGGCUGCUGAAUAUAGCAUGUGCGGCCAAGGCAAAGUGGAGACAGGUCACUCUGCAGAAGGCUUCCAGGGAGUCUCCGCUCUACUUCAGCGUGCAGGGCGGCAGCGAGAGAGGGUUCGGCAUCUUUAUUGAGUCGGUGGAACCAGGGAGCAAGGCAGCCGAGGCCGGACUCAAACGGGGAGAUCAGAUCAUGGAGAUCAAUGGUCAAAACUUUGAGAACAUCUCCUUCUCCAAAGCAGUUGACAUCCUGAGAAAUAACACACAUCUCGCCCUAACUGCCAAAACCAACAUAUUUGUGUUCAAAGAGCUCCUGAGCAGGAUCACGCACGAGAAGAAGAACGGCGUCCCUCACAUUCCCAAGAUCCAGGAGAAAAAAGGAAACCGCUUCUCCAUCCCCGACCUUCCCGGAGACAUGGAGUUCCCGACAGACCACAAGAGCACGAGGAAGAUGAAGGCCAACACUGUGUCAGGAGGACGGAACAAGAUCAGGAAGAUGCUGGAGAAGACGCGCUUCAGUAUACUGCCACCCAAACCAUUCAGUGACGGGGGCAUGGGUCAGUCUCAGGAUGACAGCAUUGUGGGUACCAAGCAGUGUCGGCACAGCGUGGCAAUCAUGCCCAUCCCCGGCAACCUGUCGUCAAGCAGCCCCGACCUGCUGCACCCGGCCGCCAGCGUCCUCGACUUCUCCAACCCCGCAGAUAUCCCAGACCAGGUGAUCCGGGUGUUUAAGGCCGACCAGCAGAGCUGCUACAUCAUCAUCAGUAAGGACACCACCGCCAAGGAUGUGGUCUCACACACUGUCAACGAGUUUGGCCUGGUGUCAGCACCCGAGACCUACUCCCUGUGUGAGGUGUCAGUCAGCCCGGAGGGAGUCAUAAAACAGCGCCGCCUCCCCGACCAGCUCUCCAAACUGGCUGAUCGGAUCCAGCUCAACGGCAGGUACUACCUGAAGAACAACAUGGAGACGGAGACGUUGUGUUCGGACGACGAUGCUCAGGACCUCCUCAGAGAGAGUCAGAUCACUCUGCUGCAGCUCAGCACCAUGGAGGUCGCCGCCCAGCUGUCCAUGAGAGACUUUGAGCUCUUCAGGAACAUCGAGUCCACAGAAUAUGUGGACGACUUGUUUAAACUGGACUCGUCGCUGGGAAGCGGUAAUCUGAAACAGUUUGAGGAGGUGAUAAACCAGGAGACCUUCUGGGUGGCCACGGAGAUCCUGAGGGAGCCCAACGCCCUGAAGAGGAUGAAGACCAUCAAACACUACAUCAAGAUCUCCCUGCACUGCAGAGAGUGCAAGAACUUCAACUCCAUGUUCGCUAUUAUCAGCGGGCUGAACUUGGCUCCCGUGGCUCGGCUGCGCAGCUCGUGGGAGAAAUUGCCCAGUAAGUACGAGAAGCUGUUCGGAGACCUGCAGGAUGUCUUCGACCCGUCCCGGAAUAUGUCAAAGUACCGCAAUGUGCUGAGCAGCCAGAGCAUGCAACCUCCCAUCAUCCCCCUGUUCCCCGUCGUCAAGAAGGACCUCACCUUCUUACAUGAAGGCAAUGACUCCAGUGUCGACGGCCUCGUGAACUUUGAGAAGCUGAGGAUGAUCGCCAAGGAGAUCAGACACGUGGUGCGGCUGACCUCGGCCAACAUGGACCCCGCCCUCAUGUUCAGACAGAGGUCUCUGAGUCAGGGCAGCACCAACUCCAACAUGCUGGACGUGCAGGGCGGCGCCCACAAGAAGCGAGUGCGCCGCAGCUCGCUCCUCAACGCCAAGAAGCUGUACGAAGACGCUCAGAUGGCCCGGAAGGUGAAGCAGUACCUGUCCAACCUGACGGUGGAGAUAGACGAGGAGAAGCAUCAGUUCAGCUCCCUGCAGUGUGAGCCGUCCUACAGCACCUUGUCUAAGAACCUGAGUGAGAGACGGUCCACCAAGUCGGACAUGUCUCCGGUGUCCCUGCGCUCCGCUCUGCCCUCGGGGAAAGCUCAGAACAGAGUCUCCCAAGUCCUUCAGGUGCAGGUCCCUCUGAACCCUCUCCGGAAGAAGAGCACAGCCAAGGACAUCGGCCAACCAACCUUCAACACUCCCCAGGUAAUAAAGAAAGCUCCAGUGCCCUCAUCGGAGGAGUGGAGCACCAAGAGACCCUCUGAUGACACCGUCUCCACCAUCUCCUCCCUUCACUCCAGCCCUACGGUGUCGCCUCAGGGCUCCCCGCGAAAAGUGGGAGGCGUGGCCAAGUCCCAUAACUCCAGCCAGAUGAACCUGUCGGGAUCUUCCUCAUCACUGACCAGCGACGUCAGCACAAAGACGGGAACCAUCAGCCUGAGGAGCUACGGCAUAGGUUACACUCUCCUUCCAGCGGGUAAAGCAGACAACCUGUCGGACUCCAGUCACAGCGAGAUCUCGUCCCGCUCCAGUAUCUGCUCGGUGGACUCGGUGCCCCCCCCCGGGCUGGACGACAGGUGUAGCAGCAGCUCCAGGACCAGCUCUGCUGCGCUUGCUGUUACCACAGCAACCACUGCUGCUGCUCCUCCUAUUGCUGAGAGCUCAGCAGCAUCACAUGCACAUGUAAACGCUGAUUACAACCAGGCCAGCACAAGUAGUUCCUCGUCAAUGUCUCGAGGAUACGCGUAUCAAGCCUCCACCUUCUCCUCCUCCAUCUCGACGGAGGAGCUGACCCCGGACCACACCUCUCUGGACUCGGUGGGGGACAGCGGGCGGGGCAGCUGGACGUCCUGCUCCUCCAACUCCCACGACUCCUUCCAGAGCCUCCCCCCCUCCUCCUGCCGGCCCUGGGACCACGGCAUCCACGGGCACCCGAUGGCCCUCCCCCACACACACCUGGGCGGCUUCAAGCACACACACCUGGCCGGCCCCAUCGCGGAGGUGGAGGCCGCGGCGGGACACACGCGGGCCAACGAGGACGCCACCAAGCAUCACCCGAGACUGUCCAGCUCCGAUCUGUCCAAUCAGUCGCGGCAGAGCUGGGCGUCGUCCGGCUCGCUGUCGGACACCUACGAGGGGAAUUAUGGGACGGUGAAGCGGCGAAACACCUCGGAGCACGCCUCCUCUCCCACCAACGAGGAAGGAGGGCAAAGCACAGACCCCGCCUACAAAACCGUGACGUCAAGCACAGAUAAAGGCCUGAUAGUGUACUGUAUCACAUCCCCCUCCAAGGAUGAGCGUUACCGAGCUCCCCCUCCCACCCCUCCAGGCUACCAGGGUCUGGCUCUGGGGGACCUCGGCCUCUCAGACGGAGUAGUAGGGGGGCCCGGAGUCCUCCUCCCCCGGCCCCCCCACCUCAGACCUCCAGAGUACAGCGUGGCGCUGCAGAGGAGCAAACUGCUGCAUAGCCCCGGAGCGGCGGGGGGGCUGGCCGAGGCGCGGAGGCUGGCGGGGAACCAUCACUUCCACAAGCAGGAGGCCCGGACUGCCGGCCCCCCCCAGGUCCACUCCAGACCCCCCAGCAUCUGCCUUCCCCCCCAGGAUCUGGCUGACAGCGAGGAUGAUGAGCAAGUGUCAGCGGUGUGAAGGCGGGGUCUCCACCCUCACACACACAUUCUCACACACGGACCAAGUGGUGUCGCUCAGGCGUUGUUGGACUGAACUCACUGCGUUUCAGAGCACAUUCUCCAAGCCCCGCCCACACAGCCCUGUAUGACAUCACCGCGGACCACAAUGCACCUCUCGACCCACCCAUUGGGUUUUUCUCUGCCUCCCAAGACUUGUACAAUCAUAUAUUUUGUAAACCCAUUUCACAAACAAAGAAGAACAAGAAAGAUUUGAAAUACUUUUUAAAAACUCUUGAACGAAGCAGAGGCAGACGUACGUGGAAAAGGACAAAGAAAGGAAGGAAGGAAAAAGUGACAAUUAACGACGUCUCGCGAGAAGAAUCGGCCUCUUUGGAAAACAGACCACAAUGUACCUCCAUUUUCAAGCUCUCUUUUUUUUGGGGAGUUUCACAUUGUUUUUAAGGUUUUAUUAUCUUCAUGUCUGAGCUUUGCAAAGUGAAAUUGUGAGGAGGAGGAGGAGGAGGAGGAGGAGGAGGAGCAGAAAGGGAUAGAAAGCUGUAGUCAGAGGUGAAGGUGGGGUUAUUUUAGUUUUUCGCUUGCUGUCAGCUCAAACGAAGAUGAAUGUAGACGAAUAAAUAAAAGCAUUUAGUGGUCUUCAUGGACCUCUAUCCAA